AUGUACCGCAAAGGCUGGAGGAACGAGAAAGGAAAGUUCAAAAGACCACGAAAAUUGUCCUCGAUAAGGCGAGCACAGUACCAGCACCAGCCCCAGCACCGCCGGCACCUCAGGCUGAUCACAAUAGUGACGACGAAGAAGAAGAAGAAGAAGAAGAAGAAGAAGAAGAAGAAGAAGAAGAAGAAGAAGAAGAAAGAGGAGGAGUACAUGGGGACCAGCGUGAAAGGUGGAUCGCGGACUUUUUGCCUUGCCCCCAGAUAUCGAAGAGCUCGGGCUCCUAAGCCCGUUGGAGAGCGACAUACAGCCAACAGGGCAGUGCUGCAUAGUGUUUGGACGUAUGAGAAACAGUGUCGUGUAGGCUUGCAAAUUCUGCUGAAGCAUGUGCAGCUCUCAGUCAGGUCGACACUCAUCUCUGCGUUUCUCCACCUCACAUUCACUUUCCGAUUGAUUGUUGGAGAAUUCCACAAGAUGCUAGGUGGUCGUCCGCUUGACUGGAUCAGUGACAAACCAGGCCAGUCAAAGAUGAUCACUGACAUCAAGCGAUUAUUGGAGCAGCUGCUCACUUGUCUAGGAACAACACAGGUGACUAACUGUAUCGAGGCUUUUAAUAGCCUCACGACCAGGCGCUGA